UACCGGGUCGGGACGAUCCAGUCCGUUGGGCGAAGAAAAAAAAAACAAAAAAAAAAUCAGCAAAUUGUGUGCGUGACCCCACCGUAGCAGGGGGCAGAGCGCGGGGGUCACUCGUUUCGAGCGGCUUUCAAAUCGCGUGUCACGAUAAGGCUGUGAACGACGUACAGGGUAUAUUAAUGGAGACGGUAAACGGGGGUGGUCUGGGGGACGACAAGGGGGGACCGCCGCCGCCGAGUCCGCUGACUGGGUGCUACUUGCUUAUCGUGAUCGGUGAACCCCAUUCGGACGAACACAGGGACAUCAUACUCCAGAAAGUGGCGAAAGGUCUCCUGUCGUGGAACCUUAACGAUUGCCUGGUCGAUUUGGAAAAGGAAUUGGCAGUCAUCACGGAACAAGGACUCGAAGGCGAAGAAGCACGUUACGGUGAACGGUUGAUACAGUUCGCGUCGGAAAACUUGGUGACGGAAAUUCUGAUUCAUCCUGCCGUCAAUACUCUGUCCCAAUGUGUGCGCAACUUGCUGAGCAGCUUCACGAGGCACAGGCACAUCAUUCACGCUGGCUACACCUUCCAGGGGAACGGAUCGUGGGCGCUACAGGAUGGUACGUUCUCCUACGUGGAUUUUGCCGAAGCCUUCCAGGAGAUCGAAGUCCAGCGGGUGAUUCGAGCCUACGAGAACGGCAUAUCGGUAGACCUGCACUGCAGUCCCGAAGGUGAAUGGAGCAGGCUGCCGAAGGAGGCGUUCACCAAAUCAUGCAAGGUUCGGGUAAACCCGACGGACGUCCUCACGACAGGGUCGCCUUCCAUUACGAGCUUUGUCAAGUAUCUAUCGCCGUUUUUAGUGCCCACGUCGCUGGAAAGCAUCCUCGAGAGUUCCGACGUGGUUGGCAAUAUUAGAUUUUCCCGGCCCACGCUUUACGUUUUCCCAGGUGGUCAGGGAGAUGCCGCUCUGUUCGGCAUCAACGGCUUCAACAUGCUUCUCGAUGGAGGCUACUCGCGCAAGGCAUGCUUUUGGGACUUUGUCCGCCACUUAGAUAGGUUAGAUGCGGUUCUAAUGUCCAGACUGAACAAUUGUAGUGUUAGAGGUAUUAGUUCUGUACUUAAGCGGAAACGCGACGGCGCCGUUUACCCCCAAAUAGGCCACUUUUUCUGCAACAUCCAGGAGAGGAAGUCGAUUUUGAGUCCGGACGGCGACAAGGAUAGGGACCCACUUAUCAUCAGUCUCCUCGACGAAGGCCAAUCGAUCGUGUCCGACUUGCGUCACCUUAACUUAACCCCUCAGUUUUGUUAUAGAGAUACGGAACCGAUUAUUUUGUAUCACAAGGUAGGCCACGGCACUCUCAACAUGUACGUGUUGUCGCCGGAACGCAAUUCCAAGGACGUCAGGGAUUUCCUUCAGAAAUGGAACCAGAGCGACGCGAAGCUCUUCUCCGCUGCUAGAACGGGGAAAGAGUUUGUAUUUCCUCUGCCGAAUUUGGUGUCGAUUUGCGCUCUGCUGAUCUGGCAACCGGCCAAUCCGAACGAUACUAUAACGCGGAUACUGUACCCCGGCAGUACUCCCCAGAAAAAGAUCUUCGAAGGGUUGGAUCGGCUUCGCGGCCUGGAAUACAUCAAGCACGCGGUGUGCAGCGAAAAAUCGCUAGCGCCGGCCAAGAAGACCAAACAUGACGUCAUCGAGAAGAUGAUGAUCCGGGAAAAGCCGCAAGCGGAGAAAAAAAUCGAAGACGGCUUGAAGAAUGGCGAUAUGAACGGGGACGUCGUUAAAGAGAAGCAGGUGAUCAAGUCGGAUUCGAUAGAGAGCGAGAAAAGUGGAAGGGCUAAGAAACCGGACGAGGUGAACAAGGUGGUGGAGAACGGAGAUAAGGCCAAAUCGAAGCCCAAGGUGCCGGAGAACAAGACCAAGCAGAGGAGCGACAGUCAACAGAGGAGGAAACCAGCUGUCGAUAAAAAAGGUCCUCCGACGCCCAAGAAGACUGUCGACAAUAGAGUGAACGGCGAGAAUAAGGAGAAGGAGAAGAAGCUGGCCCGCAGGGCCUCGCCCAGCGCGACCCCAGCUAAAAGCACCAAAGACGCCAACAACCGGAAAGUCAUCGAAGCGAAAAAGGCGCCCCCGAAGAAAGAAGUCGCUGCUAAGGCAGCGGCACCUCCCGAACCGAAACCGAAAGUUGAGAGGAAGCCCAUUUCCAGACGGCCGAAAGCUGCCAAAGCACCUCUUAGUCCUGUUAAGAAGCUGACCAAUGGUGUCCAGAAGCCGGACUCCCUUUCGAAACGGGGCAAAUUGGAUAAGGAGGGAACGACAGAUUCGAGCACGGUGAGCACUCCGUCUGCGGACCAAGAAAGUGUACUUAAGAAGGACCUCUCGAAAUUGACCCCGGAGGAAAUUCAGCAAAUAAAAGCUCAAGAACUGGCCGAACUCAAAGAGGAACAAGAGGCGAUCAAGGAAAUCGAAGCGGUGUUUAGGAAAGGAGAGGAGCAAAUUCCUUCGUCCGAUAUCGACGCGGACUUGAGACAAAUCAAAGACAUCUCGAUAGAGGAAAAACUAGAGACAGAAGAGUACCUCAUAAUCGAAAAGGAGGAGUUGGAGCACGACUCGCUAGAAGUGAAGGAGGACGAAAUGCAGAAAUUGACGAGGGACAGUGAGGAAUCCGAGAAGCAACGAAAACUUAGCGCGGAAGAGCAAAUGGUCGACGCUAAGCCGGAAAGCGUCGACGAAAAGGAAGAGGAAGUUAAGCAGGUAACCGGCAUCUCAUCUCCCGAAGAGAAAGCGGUCGAAAAGAAAGAACACGAAGACGAAGUCAAAGAGGUGAUUGAGUCGCAUCCGGAAGAAAAAGUGUCUGCUAAUAUCGAAUCUGGGGCCACCACUACAGCUCCGACGCUUCCAGAAGACGAGAGGAUUACUCUGGACGAAAUUAAAGAAGACAGUGGGCAGGUUAUCGAAGAAAAGCAUGUGAAGGAAGAAACCAAGGAGAAGGAAAUACCGGUGAUACAACUUCCACCGAAGAGCUACGACAACUUGUCGAAACUUCCUCAAGUGGUGGGGAUCAGGCUUGAUAAGCAGAGUCACAUCAGGGACAUCGUGAAGACGCCUGAUGAGGUUGCUGAUUUACCGGUCCACGAAGAAGUUGACUUCCAAGAAUACACUGGCGAGGGUAAGAAAACUAAUGACGUCGGGGACGUGAAGAAGAUGACAGAGCACGAGAAAAAGGAUCUUGAAAAGAUUGAUUCCUCAAAGCACGUCGAGAAGGAGGAAACUAGUGAUAUAUUGGAGAAGGCUGAUCUAGAAACCAAAGAAAAAGAAGUUGCCGAACCCGAAGUUUCAAAAGAAGUGCUCGACGAAACUAUGGACGACGAGUGGGUGGUAAUAACGAAAGAAGCGGGUAAAAUAGAGGCAGAUGAGGAUAUUGAGCAAAAUGACAAAGAUGCCAAAGAAUCCGAAAAGGAGACAGUUGACGUUAAAGAAGUGGAAAGUUUGAAAGAAGCCUUGAAGGAUGAAAAAAUUAUCGAGCAAAUUACAGAAACCGAACUCAAUAAAGCCGAAGAUUUAGAAAUUAUUGAAACAUCUGCCGCGAAGAUAGAAAAAUCGGAAGAGGAACAUGCCAAAUUAAAUGAGGACAUAAAUGAUUUACCUGCACCUGUUGUAGACACCCAAGCUGGACAAGGUGGUAUUGAUCAAAUUCAAGAAGACACGAUUUCUACUGUAAAAACCCAUAUGGACACAACAGACAAGAAGAAAGGAACGGUAGAACAAAAAAGUAGUGAUACAACCGGAGACGCAAAAGUUGAGGAGAUUGUUACCAAAGAAAAGCAAACCUCUGAAGUAGAUGAAAAUAAGGCGAGCAGUGAAAUUGUUAAAACAAUCCCCAGUAAAGUAGUUGACGAAAAUAAGGAAGUUGCGAUCGAUAAAGCCGUCGAGCAGGAGCCGAUUAUUAGCGAAGAUCACCACCAUAUCGAAGCUAAACAAGUUGUCGGGAAGCCACAGGCGUCACAACUUCCUCUCGAGGAGGAAACUAGCGACGGUGACAAAAAACCAGACGGUAGUGCUGUGAAAGAAGAAAUGUCAAAACUGGAUAAGGAGUCACAAGAGCCGAAAGACAUUCAAGGGGAAGUUCUGGAGGACAAGACCCUAACAACAGUCAGCGAUACUGGGAAAGAAAAGAAACAAGCGGACACACAAGAAUUUAAAACGACUCAUGAGGAAGUCUUCGAGCAAAAGUCAGGUAUUGAAGACACCAGAUUAAUAGAAUCUACGCCGUUGGGAGAAAAUAAGGAGGAUGGGAGCAAACUCGAUCAGAAAUUGGAUGCAAACCAAGAAGAGGUUGUGCUGCGCAACAUAGAAGAAGACUCCAAACAGGUUUUAAGUAAGGCGGAAGACCUUAAAAAGGAAUCCCACGAAUUGGAAACAAUUGACGCGAAGCUUCAAGAACUUAAAAUCGGCGCCGAUGCGAAGCCCGAGCUUCAAAUUAAGACGGGAACUUCGCUAAGUCCGGAACACGCCGAGCAAGUGACCCUUCCCGAUUCGUCACCGGAAGAUGAUGAUUUGCACAUCUUAAAAGAGUUGAAGGACAUCGACAAAGCCGAACUAGGAAGGAAAUCUCCGCAAGAGCGCGAGGAAGAGGUCAAAAAGAUUGUCGCAGGUGUAGCCGAAGUACUUAAAUCCCCGGCACCGUUGGAAGUUUUCGAAGCAAAUUUACCAACGUUCACUCAAGAGCUGCGAGAAACUCAUAUAACCACGCAGGAUUCGCCAGUUUUGGAGACCAAAUCGAUGAAAACGGAGGACAUUUCUUCCAUUCCGGAGGAACCUACAACUCUUGCCGAUGAACUUUCUGACGCAAAGAACAAGAAGAGGGACCUGAUCGCCCAAUCCCAAGAACUGAUCGCGGCCACAUCGAAAGUUAUAUCAGACAUCAGGGAGAAGACGUUGGAAAAAGGAGACAGCGAGGAAGCUGGUACCGUGCACAGGAUGUUGGUUACCGCGUCGAGCGAGGAUGGCGGAGAAGAAACUGAAAUUUGCCCGCCCGGCACUAUUACUUUUUCGAGGAGUUCCGAAAGUUCCGGCAGAUCUUCUCCGGAACCGUCUCAGAAAACUUCGCAAAAGUCAUCGAUAGUUGAGACUCUGUCUGAGACGCUCAGCACGGUGAAGCAGAUUGUGUCAGAGAAGGAUUCUGGAAUAGACGAGACCAAGUCGGAAGACAGGGACGUUUCACGGGACGUGGAAGAAAGCGGAGGAUCGCCCGAUCUCGAAGCGGAACAGGAAAAGAAGACGGGCAUUUUUGGAUCUCUAAAAGAUACGUUUGACUCAGCCAAGGAAUUCGUUAAAGAUACGGUGGAGUCUGUGGUUAAAGCGACCUCAGAUGAAGCAAAGAAACAAACUGAUGAUUUGAAAGACAUCAAAGACGAAACAGUUUCUAAAUUUGAGAUCGCGGAGGAAGACGUCAAAGCUCACAUUGGAGGCUUGAAAGAGGCAGUCGGUCAAACAGUUGAUGAAUUUCAAUAUCCAUUAGUAGAAAAGACUGAAGCAGUGAAAAAUGAAACCAAAGAUAUGCUAGAAGAAAAAGCCAAAGAUAUCAAGGAAGUGGCAGAACAAAUCGAACAUUCAGUUCAGGACUUUGAAGAAAAACUCAAGAACGGAAUCGCGGAAACCGAUAAGAACAAAGAGAAGGUAUUCGAAGAAACGGAGCAGCAAGUUUUAGCGAAGGUUAGUGACGUCGAAACCAAAGUAGAAAGUAGUGUGAAAGAAUUGAAGGAGGUAAACCAGUUGAUUGAGAAAGUAACAGAACAAAAUGGAGGUGACGUUAAACAUGAUAUAAAAGAUGAAUUUAAGGAAAGGGAAGAAAAACUAUUGAAAAAAGCAGAACAACCGGUCAAUGUCGAACAGAAAGUUAAAGAGGACACUGCAACUGUAAUUAAGCACGUAACGGAUGCCUCAGUUGAACGUUUAGAAGAAUUUGAAAAAACUCAUAGCGUGGAAACAAAGGAAGACGAAUCUUCCAAUCUAAAAGAAGAAUUAGGAAGAAAACAGUCACUUAUUGAAGAAAAAGAUGAGGCUAAAUCGCAAGCCGAUAGCAUACUGAAAGUUGCCACCAUCAUAGCGACUCCCGAAGUCAAAAAGGAAGAGCCGGCCGAAAAAUUAGAAAAGGAGCCACUUUCAGAACCGGUCGAACCAGUCGAGAAAGAAAGCACCAUAGAGGUAAAGCAUGAGCCAUCACACAAGAGUAAGGACGAAUUAAGCAGGAAGCCAUCAAAAGAAAAUAUCAUGCUUGAUGAGAAACCACAAGCCAUUGACACUGCAAGCGUAAUAACUAUUGUUCCUUUGUCGGGUAAAUCAGGUCCAGAAGUGAAAGACCAAGAAGCUGUGAAAGCAGAAGGGAACGAGUUACUUGCAAUAAAAGAUCAUGAAGAGAAAUCUCAAUCUGUUGACAAACAAAACGAUAUUACACUUCUAGCUAAAAGUUCAUCUGGAACGUCAUCUCCGGAAGCACCAGAAAGAAAGCAAUCUCUUAUAGAAGCAAAAACGGACCUGGUUCGGUCGGGCAAAACAUCUCCGGAAACGAAAGAGGAUGUUGGCAAGGCGCUGGAAAAAGAGGAUCAUUUAGCGGUUGCUGCAAAAUCAUUUUCACCAAGCUCCUCGGGUAAAUCUACACCAGAUAGUCACGUUAAUGACAAAGAAGAAAAAGUAAUUCAAGCACGUAAGGAAUCUUCGACUGAAUCAAAGUCUUCACCUGAUGAACCUGUCGAAAAGAAACGCGACAGUAUCGACCAAUUGAAGAUCGCGCACGAAGAGGACAAACGAGAAGCUACAAAAUUAGGUUCACCGGGAUCUUCUGGAAAAACUACUCCUACCACUUUGGAGGUUGAUCACCAAGCGGGUAAAAUAGAAUCUGAAAAAAUUGUCAAACCCGCGGGGAAAGGCGCGGAAGUCAAAGAAUCAGACGAGUUUGUGUUGCCGAAAGAAAUCGUCGAUAAAGAAGAAAAGGUGUUGGAAGAAAGGGCAGUGCACAUGCAGGAAAGCUUUGAAGCGGUUUCGGAUCUAAGUCGCACUAUUUCUUUUGAUAAAUGCCACAAACCAGACACCGCAAAACAGGAGAAGGAAACCAUUGAAAAGGAGAAAAAAGUUGAAGGUGAGAAAGAAACUGUUGCUUUGGAUACGUCUAAGGCAACGGAGAAGGAAGAAGUGUUGGAUAUUAAAGGGAAAGAAGAAAUAAAGGAAUUGCAAGAUGGUUUCUACGAGUCGUUGGAGAAACCCGACAAAACCAAAGAGGAAAUAAUUAAAGACAAAUUGGAGCAUGAACUUGAGGAAGCGCAGCGUAAGAAAUCAGUUGCAGAGUUACAAAACGGUUUCAUAGAGUCUAUAGCGAAAGAUUUGGAAGAAGAUGAUUACAAGAUACCAAAGGACGAAAUCGAAAAAGAGGAAAAGGAACUGGAAAAGAGGGCGUUGCACGUACAAGAGAGUUUCGAAGCUGUGUCUGACCUGGCCGGUUCCAUAUCGUUCAGUAAGUGUCAUCCAACUGAUGGUGUUAAGAUAGACAAAGACGUGAUUCAGAAGGAAGAAAAGCAGAUUGAGGAAGAAGUGAGACACUUGGAAGAGACUUUGGAAGUUGUUUCUAAUCUAUCUGGUUCGGUAGAGUUCAGCAAAUGCCAUCCGAUUGAUGGUGUUAAGAUUGGCAAAGACGUGAUUCAGAAAGACGGAAAAGAGGUUGAGGAAAAAGUAAAGCCCUUGGAAGAAACGUUGGUAGCAGUUUCGGAUGUAUCAAAGUCGGUAGACUUUGAGAAGUGUAAAGCAACAUCAGACGACUCAGCCUCAGAGGCAGAGAUUAAAGAAAUCCAUCAGCAACAACGUAGGAAAAGCAGCGCGGUUAGCAUCGAGGAAAUUAAAAAACUACAGGAAGGGUUCUACGAAUCCCUUGGCCACGUCAAGGUGGGCCAGAUAGAAGAAAUAGAUGGGAACGUCAAAAAAUCGGAACCUAUUGAAGCAGAGCACGUUGUGAGCAAAGAUGUCAUUCAAAAUGAUGAGAAAGAACUGGACAAGAAAGUGAUGCAUAUCGAGGAAACCGAGAUAGAAGGGCGAACCGAGAAACCGGCCAGUGAAAUUAUUAAGGAAGAAAUAAAAGACCUGCAAGAAAGUUUUUUCGAGUCACUUCUCGAAAGUGGAGUUGAAGGAGCUGUUAAGGAUAAUGACGUGUCUGUAUUACAAAAAGGUGAAUUUGGGAAGACCGCAGAUAUUAGGAACGAAGAAAAAAUUGAGGAGGAAUUGGAACAAGAGAAGAAGGAAAGUUUCAUCGCAGAAACUACCGACAAACCGUCUGUGGAUGAUAACAAACUGUCAGAGAGUAAGCUUACAAAGGAUGUCAUCCUCCCGGACGAGAAACGGGACUACGAAAAGCCGUCUCCGGAAAAAGAAGAAUUGGCGGUGGAAGAUGGCGCGGACAAACCAGCUGCCGACUUGAAGGAGUCAGCGGUUGCGGAAAAAGACGAGAAAGAAAGCAUGGAAAAAGUUUCCACCAAAUCAACCCUGGAAAUCGAUCGCAAGUCCGAACCUAAGAAGCUGUCGAUUUCGGACGUGGAGAUAAGCAUCAAGACAGAGAUAUGCCCGAAAGACGCCAGUCAAAUGUUUAUCGAGAGUGAGAGAACGACUUUUACGGAUAGCGCCGACGCCAAAGUGUUCCAACUUCCCAAAGGUGACGACUCGUCAGCCGGUUCGUCUUCUAAAUUGGAAGUCUGCAGCCUAAGCGGAAAAUCGACGCCGGAGGUUGAACGCUCGGGGAAAAUAACUCCGCCCACCGUCCCCGUCAGCCCAGUAAUCAGGGAUACCCAACACGCAGGCUCAAGGUCACCAUCCAAGGACACCGGGCUGAGUGAAUACACCGAAACGGACGACGACGACUUGAGCACCAAAUCGCAAGUGGCGCACUCGCAAUCCGACUUGGACGAGAUGGACAUGAAGAUGGACCCGAUGAGCAUGUCCUACUACGGCGCUCUGCCUGACGAAGAAUCCGAAAAUCCGCCUGGGACGUAUUUAUAUGAAAUCACCAAAGCUAAAUAUACUAAGGCGUUGGACGGAAGCGGUACCACCAUAGAGGAAAGGGAUAUCAUGACGGCAAGCUUCAUCGGCGAACUUCCACAAGACAAAAAGACUGAAGGGUCCGCCAAAGAUGCCGUCGACGAGUGGGGCAAACCGCUGGGCCUGCCCGCGCCCAGCUACCUUCACGACAUCACCAAAGCCAAGUUUUCUUCCCAGAUGGACGUGAUGACAUCCAGUUUCAUCGGCGAGUUGCCCAGUGGCGGCACGCACGGCGUGAUGAGUGGUAGCGUGUACUUUGACGGCUCGUCUGGGAGCGGUGACGAUCCUAUCGCCGACUGGGGGAAGCCGCUGGGAUUGCCCAGCCCCGCGCCGAUGAACAAUAACGACAAGGGCACUCCGAAGAAGGAGAAGAAGCUUCCGGCCCACGUCACCGCGAAGAAUAAGCUGAACGACGACCGGAAAAGGGCGGAGUCGCCUUCGAAGCUGCGAAAUAAGAAAGCGAACCACGUCUACGUCGACCUGACUUACGUUCCGCACCACGGGAACCAUUACUAUUCUUACGUAGAUUUCUUCAGACGAAUUAGGGCUAGGUAUUACGUGUUCUCCGGUUUGGAACCCAGCAGACAGGUGUACGACGCUUUGCUCGAAGCGAAGCAAACGUGGGAUGAUAAGGAAUUAGAGGUUACCAUCAUUCCGACAUACGACACCGACAUACUGGGCUACUGGGUGGCCGAGAACGAAGAACUGCUGUCCAAGUUUAAGAUUGACCUGUCCCCGUCAGCUAGUCGAUGCACCAUCAAUCUCCAGGAUCACGAAACAUCAUGUUCCGCUUACCGUUUAGAGUUUUAGGCGCAUCAUCUCCCGUGCGGUCACCUCCCACCAUAUUACUCAUUUUUUACUACUUAUACGUUAGGAGAAGAUUACGUAGUCAGGCAUCAGAGAGAACUUAGUAGAAGAACACGUCCAAUUCGCGGCCAAUCCGAAUCUUCCUCACCGUAAGCGACCUCAUCGGGCCGAGGUCUUCGCCAGACGCGGGCUUGAAGGUUAAAAUAAGUUUGCAUUCGAACUUAAUAGGUCUUAAAAGAUAAAUCUCUAAAUAAUGUUAGACCGGACACUAGGAUAUUUUACUAAUUGGAACAUUAUUUAAUGUUGUUCGACUUUUAAAAAUGUUUAUUCAAAAUUAUCGCCAGCUAUCUCUCUGCGCAUGCGCGGACAGAGGCCGGGUAAUGUUGAAUUUUAGAAAUUUAUUUUUGGCGUUCAAAACGCCGGGAACUUAACUUGUAAGCGAGAGAGUUUAGGUUAGGGAGGCUGUGGUCGUUCAGCGCUACGCGAAAUAACUAAAUGACGACGCUAGAUCAAACUUGAUCGCCCAAAGUCCCGCUGUUUAUCCACGGAAUAUCAACUUUCGUGGAACCUAACCUCAUAUCGGCUGCCUCCGUUAGCUAAAAUGCCAUUUCAAAAUGGAUCGUACAUUGUCUGGACCAAUUAAGCGAACACAUCGACGUUUCGUGUGUUCAAUUUUAGAGAGAUACGUUUUGGUUUUUGAAAUUUUUUGGAGAUUUAUAUCCUAACCUUAACCUUAACCCCAAAUAGAAAAUGGCGGGCUUCCUCAGCCGUCAUUAAAUGUCCUCUUGGUCCAGACAAUAAACCAUUGGGAUACGAAAAUGUAAGUUCUAUGAGGCAACAGCUUGUCAGUUAUUUUAGCGACGUCGCCAUUUAGUUGUUUUCCGAAUUAUUUUGUCUAAGCGUUAAAUUUAAGCGAUAAAUUUUUAUGUGAUAUGCCCAUUUAUGAUUUCUUGUCUUGUUAAGAACGAUAUACGGUUAUGUAUACUGUGCAGCGACCUUUAUCCGUUAUUUCGUAGAGGGUGUUUAUUAUACUAGAUUUUUUUACAACGCGCCUUUGCUUUAGUUUCUGUGCAAUCGCUAGGACAUGCUAUAGAACUGGUUUCCAGUUGAAGCCCCGAAGGGCCUACUCGUGCGAUGGGCCAAAUUCGACACUUUCAAAGGAGAUAGAUUGAAGAAUUCGACACAGCUUUAGAAACGGAAGUUUGCCUUUAAAAGAGUCCAAUUUGGCACAACCUCUGCUUAUGUUGUAGCGACUGAAGUUUGUUGUUUUUUUUUUUGUGAGUCGGGUUUUCGAGUGCAGUUUAUAUGGAGGGGGGGGAGGGGUUCGAUUGCGAUAUAAACUGCCCACGAAAAGUGCAAAGAGAACAAAUACACGAGCUUUGUAAGAAUAAUAUUAGAAUGGUGCUAAUUCGGGGAGGGGGGUCAGAGGUUCGGAAUGAUAGAAUAUUUCCGCUUCGGAUCAGACUGAAAAAGAACACGAUCUGGAUGAAUUUCGAAAAUAUACUCAAUACAAACUUAUCAACCCUUUUGUGUCGGUUUGUUAGGCUAUAUAAAGAUGUAUUUAUUUUGUACGUUCCACUAUGAUUAUUUGUAAUGCGCACAUGCACCUGGAUAUUUCCCGUGGGAGGGGAGGGGGGCGAAAAUACACCCUGCGCGUCCUCACGAUACGUUGUAUUGAUUGUAUUGUUUUGUCGACGAGAGGGAGAGAGAGAGAGAGCGAGAGAGUACUAGAGAGAGAAAGACAUUCGAUGUCCAUUCGACGAGAAAAACAAGAGAAAAAAUAGAUUUAUGUGCAGAUCGGCAUAAACUUUAAAAAGUCCGUAUUAUUAUAAAAAAAAAACUGAUAGCUUAUCUAGUCAAAAAAAAAAAGAUUCUGAUCCUUUAGCUUACAAUUGUUGUACUAAAGUUACAUAUAUUCAAACGCAUUUAAUGUAUGGGAUAUGUAUGAGAAUAAAAACAACAUAAAUUUUA